AUGAACAAACUUUUGAUGAAGCUCCAGGCUUUCCUGUUGUUCGCAUGUCUCGUGACAACCGCGGCUGCUAGUCCUUCGGCCGGCGAUCUCCCGCAUAGCGAUGGCCAGUAUGACGAACUCGAAUCUAACUCUGACCAGCAUGACCAACCCGACUAUUCCGAUGACACAGGUGGCCCCAAGGCCUGUUCCCCAACAGGGAACAGCGUUCCUGGUUUUAGGGCUAGGUUUUACUCUCACAAAUAUCUUGACCAGGAGCCGUCUUAUAGCGACGAUUACCUGAUGUACAAGUACCAAACCGAAGCGGAGCUGCUGGCAGAGAAAUCUGGUAUAACAUCGCCUUCCUUUGACAUCUCACACAAGCCAAACGUUGUUGCUGACGGACAAGUCUACGGCUUGGACAUUACGAUUACGAAUUUCACUUUAGAAUUGACGGGCUACUACAAAGCUCCCCAAUCCGGUACUUACACCAUAAAAGCUAAUGAAGUUGAUGAUGGAUUUCUCCUCAUGUUGGGACAGGGUGCCUUCGCGUGCUGUAACACUGAUCAAUUGGGCCACAACACUAACGAUAUUACGAUGCGAAGCUUCUCGGAAGAAGAUACGGGUACAAUUAUUUCGAAGCGUAGCUCCGGCGAUCAAGGUAUGACUUAUGCUCAAAUCAAUCUCCUCGAGGGACUGUACUACCCAUUCCGUAUUGUCUACUAUAAUAAAGAGAGUUCUGCUAUUAUGAAGGUAACUAUGAUUAGACCAGACAAUACAGAGUCUAGUGAUCUGGAAGAUGUGUACUCUUUCCCAGACACUGACAACAAGGGUAACACCUGUGAUGUUGGCGUUAUCUUCUCUACCACCACUACGGACUGGACGGGAUCUGUUACCUCUACCUACUCCACUGACGUGUCCACAUUCACGGGCUCCGAUGGUUCCUCAACCACUGAGACCAUCUACUACGUUGAGACACCGAUUGUUGGCAAGAACUCUACUACUGUCACGGGUUGGACCGGAUCAGUGACGUCCACGUACUCCACUGAGUUGACCACCUUCACUGGAUCUGAUGGUAUUCCAACUACAGAGACCAUUUACUACGUCGAAACCCCAAUUGUAGGUAUCAACUCCACUACUGUCACAGGAUGGACCGCUUCGGUGACCUCCACCUACUCCACAGAAUUGACUACAUUCACUGGGUCCGACGGCAUUCCAACGACCGAAACUAUCUACUACGUUGAGACACCGAUUGUUGGCAAGAUCUCUACUACAGUCACCGGAUGGACCGGGUCAGUGACGUCCACGUUUUCUACUGCGUUGACUACAUUCACCGGGUCAGAUGGCAUUCCAACGACCGAAACUAUCUACUACGUUGAGACACCGAUUGUUGGCAAGGACUCUACUACCGUCACAGGUUGGACUGGCUCAGUGACAUCUACCUAUUCUACAGAGUUGACUACAUUCACUGGGUCCGACGGUAUACCAACGACCGAAACUAUCUACUACGUGGAAACGCCAAUUGUUGGUAAGAACUCCACUACUGUCACUGGUUGGACUGGAUCAGUGACCUCCACGUACUCCACUGAGUUGACCACUUUCACCGGGUCAGAUGGCAUUCCAACUACGGAGACUAUCUACUACGUCGAGACUCCAAUUGUUGGUAAGAACUCCACUACCGUCACAGGUUGGACUGGCUCAGUGACAUCUACCUAUUCUACAGAGUUGACUACCUUCACUGGAUCUGAUGGUAUUCCAACCACGGAGACUAUCUACUACGUUGAGACUCCAGUUGUG